AUGAUCACGGUCAUUCUUCUCGUCGCGCGCGUCCCACCCCUCGAUCCGACCACCAGCCCAUCUGUUGAGACGGCUGCCUCAAACGUCAAAAUCGACAUCGAGAAAGUGGCCAGCACCGUAGAGGUUACAUCAAACAACCGCACAGCAUUGGUCAUUCCAUGCCACAACAGCGACCACGAAGCUACAAGCAAAGUCCUUAAAAGUGCCUUUGUCCACUUUCGGCCACAAGACAUAUUUGUCGUUGACAAUGGUCGUUCAAGACACCCUCCGUCGCCCGAGUUCCGCAAGUUUAUUCGAAGUGAACACCCAAACAUAAACUACAUUUGGUCCCCUAUUGGGAGCAAAAACGCGGCACAACUCGUCGGAGCAAUGGCUGCUAAAGACCACGACUGGAUUAUGACCGUUGACGACGACGUAUCCAUCCCAGCCAACUUCCGUGCUCCAAUCGACAAGAUGGACGACGUCACCAAAGGCUGCGCAUUCCCACUCAAGGCAGUCGAUGCAAACGGAGAUGUACCAAUGUGUCUCGUAGCAUGGCAGGACUGCGAAUACAAAAUGUCUGGUCUCACCAAGCUUGCCGAGUCUUCUAUAUGCGGUGUGCUAUAUCCACACGGUGCAGGAUGGUUCUGUGAACGAGAAACCUUGAUCGAUCUCAUCAGCAACUACCACUCGAUAGACUUCAUCGCCGAAGACGUCAAUACCGGUCUCUCGAUGCAGCACAUGAAGAAACGUAUCGCAUUCGAUGCGACAUGCGUGCUUGAGACUGAAGUACCUACCACUGUUCUCGGUCCUGGUCUCAACUGGUGGAACCAACGCUAUCGCUCAUGGGAAAUGGGUCGACAUGGCCGUCUCAUCGCCUUUGCCGACCGCAUGCUGCUCUCACUCAAUGGCCAAACAACACCCUGGGGCAUAUUCACCCAAAAGUUCAUUCACCUCUACUCCAUCGCCACCAUCGUCGUCGACUGGGUCCGUGUACCCGUAUUCGUCACAAUGGGACCCAACACGAACUUCUGGCGCCUGGGCCUUCCCCUCAUGAUGGCUGCUACUCUCCCCAUUCUCGCAUUCAAGUACUUCAACGCGCGCCACCGGCCUGAUCUCCAGCCGCGAUUUUGGGCGGCUAUGACAUAUCCCCUCUAUAAACAACUGUAUUCGCUCGUCUCCGUCUUUGGUGCUAUACGCGCUGUUAUAUUUUAUGCGGGAGGCCAUAAGAAGCCGAAGACUAUUAAGAAGAUGAUUGCGGAUAAGGACCCGAAUGCGCUGUGGCUUGAUCCGCGGUUUGAGAGUAACCCGGCUUUUCUUGCUGACGAGGCUGAGCUGUUGCUUGCUUCGUCGAGUUUGGGCGGUGAUACGAAGGUUCCUACUUCUGUCUACAUAUCUCCUGCUUCGCCUUUGUUAUGA